AUGCUGCCAAACACCUUUUUAAAUAACUUUUUAUAUCAAGUUAUUAUAAAAAUGCUUCCAUCUUCUGGUAUCGAAGGAAAUGAAAGUGAAAGCAUAAUAGCAACAAACACAGCUGAAGAAAUGGUAAAAAUUCCAGAUAUUCCUAAUCCAUCACAAUCUAAAACAAUAUCUCAAAAAAACACACAAAACAACGAAAAUUCCAAUCCUAAAAUCUAUCUUGCAGGAAACUACUUAAAGUAUUCUCGUCAAAUAAGCCAAAGUCCAUGACUUGUCGACGAAACAGCAAAAAUUGAAAGCUUGGAGGAAAUCAUUGGGCAUCCCUUAAAAGAAAUUUCCCAAUCAGCCAGCGCCAUUUUGCAUGCAUCCGUAAAAUUCAUUUAGGGCCGCGAAGAUGUCGAUGUAAGGAUGCUGGGAUGUGGCCGGCCAUUCAUUAUCGAGCUUAAAGAUCCCAAAGUCCCAGUCUCAAGGUAAAUUUUAAACAGUGAAAAUAUGGAAAAUCUCCAAAGCCACAUCAAUUCCAUCAAUAAAGAUGUACAAGUGAAAAAUCUCAGAAUAGUCGACAAAAAGUACUUCGAAGAAAUAAGACUCGGCGAAGAAGGGAAACUCAAAGCUUAUUCAGCCAUUUGCUGGCUUUCAAAACCACUUACACAAGCUGACAUUUCUUAUAUAAAUUCAAUCGAAAACUUAGUUUUAGACCAAAAAACACCUAUCCGCGUCCUUCAUCGUCGUGCUAUUAAAGUUCGAUAUAAAUCAAUUAUAAAAAUGCAUAUGACUUUAAUUAACCGACACUUUGCAGAGCUGAGGGUCAUUUCGUCUGGAGGGACUUAUAUAAAAGAGUUUGUGCAUGGAGAUUUUGGAAGGACAGUUCCUUCUUUAGGAACUUUAUUGAACUGUAAAGCAGAUAUUUUGCAGUUAGACGUACUUGGGCUAGGAUGGAAUAUUGGGGAGGUUGAAGAUUUAUUGAUUUCUGAAAUAGAGUAA